AUGCGAUACUCCACCCUGCUCCCGACUUUGUUAGCCAUCGGCUCAACUCUCGCAAGACCGGCCCAGCCCGAAAUUGCUAACACCACAACUCUGCCAACUCACUUCGGUCUACUCACAUUCCCACACUUCCAAGCUCUCGACAUCUUCGGACCCAUGGACCUCCUGAACUCCCUCUUCAUGUACUACCGAAACACAUCCAUCGUGCCGCAGUUUACAGUCUUCAGCAAAACCAUGGAUCCGGUGACGUCGGCUAUGACCGAUGGAGGUUUUGGUCAAGAGAUCAUGCCGGCCAUGACAUUUUCGGAGUAUCUGGUGAGUUGCGACCAUUAUGUGGAUAAGAAUAAGACUGAUUGGACGAAGAACAAGCAGAAGGACCACGGUGAUGACGACAUACCCUCUGCAGAUGACAAGGGCGCAAUCGACGUCCUCAUCGUCCCUGGCGGUGGAGGGACUCGCAGAGAUAUGACGGAAGAGAUCAACUUCGUCAAGGCUACCUACCCAAAUGGCAACCACGAAUAA